ACAGAGCGGAGCGCGGCGCACUCGGAGACACCGGCACUGGCAGCGCCCACGCACCGCACCGCACCACGCCUGCGACCGCGCGCCUCCUGCUCGGCCGAGCCCUCUGCUCAGUGCGGGGGCGGCUGGCUUGACCACGCAAAGGCGAUUUCGGCUCCAGGCGAGGCAGCGGCGUUUGGAGGAGGGAGCAGCAGGAGCGAGCGCUGGGUUUGGAGACAUUCCCUGCGGGACCUCGGCUCUGGGCGGCCCAGAUGAGUGACUUUGGAAUCAAGAACAUGGAUCAGGUAGCUCCUGUAUCUAACAUCUACAGAGGAAUGCUCAAGCAUCAACCAGCAUUUGACGUCUUUGAUGUCACAAACUCUUUGUUUGCAGGAUAUUUUCCCUCAUUAAAUGAAGAUCAAACCGUUCAAGAAGUACCAACAGGGUUUGAUUCAAUUUCUUAUGAGUCAAACAGCUGUGAAUUGCCUCUCUUAACCCCAUGCAGUAAGGCUGUGAUGAGUCAGGCCUUAAAAGCUACUUUCAGUGGCUUCGCAAAGGAACAGUGUCGUCUGGGUAUCCCAAACAAUCCUUGGCUGUGGACUGAACAGCAGGUUUGCCAGUGGCUUUUCUGGGCUACCAGGGAGUUUAGUUUGGCAAAUGUGAACUUUCAUCAGUUUGUCAUGAACGGCCAAGACUUGUGCAGCCUGGGCAAGGAACGUUUCUUGGAGCUAGCUCCUGAUUAUGUAGGCGACAUUCUGUGGGAACACCUGGAACAGAUGAUAAAAGACAGUCAAGAGAAGAGACAGGACCAAUAUGUUGAAAACUCUCAUCGUACCUCAGUCCCACACUGGGUCAAUAACAACUCAUUAAGUUUUAAUACAGAACAGGCCCCUUAUGGUAUGCAAAUGCAUAGCUACCCCAAAGCCAGCCUCCUGAGUGACUUAUGUCAGACUUUUGCAGGACCAAAUCUCCUCAGCCCAGAUCAAGAAUUUUCCAUGUUCCCCAAAGCUCAGUUAGAGACAGUCAAUGUGAACUACUGCUCCAUGACCCAUGACUUCACAAACAAUCUGAACUUGCUGAUAGAUAACUCUGGUAAGCCCAGAGAGCAUGAAUCCAGUGACAGCAGCACAGAAAGUUAUGAAAGCACAGAUUCUCAACUUCAGUCCUGGAACAGCCAAUCAUCUUUAGUGGAUGUACAACGUGUUCCCUCUUAUGAAAGUUUUGAAGAUGAUUGUAGCCAGUCUCUAUGUCUGAACAAACCUACAAUGUCUUUCAAAGAUUACAUUCAAGAAAGAAGUGAUCCUGUAGAGCAAGGGAAACCAGUUAUACCAGCAGCAAUUCUAGCAGGCUUUACAGGCAGUGGACCUAUACAACUGUGGCAAUUCCUUCUGGAGUUACUAACAGACAAAUCCUGUCAGUCAUUUAUUAGCUGGACUGGAGAUGGAUGGGAGUUUAAACUUGCUGACCCAGAUGAGGUGGCACGACGGUGGGGAAGGAGGAAAAACAAGCCAAAAAUGAACUAUGAGAAACUAAGCCGGGGCCUGCGCUAUUAUUAUGACAAGAACAUCAUCCACAAGACAUCAGGGAAACGCUACGUGUACCGGUUUGUAUGUGACCUACAGAACCUGCUGGGGUACACGGCAGAGGAACUUCAUGCCAUGCUGGGAGUGCAGCUAGACACAGAAGAUUGAGCACUGCAAUAUCGUGCAAAACUGGCAAAGAUUGCAAGAUUUUCAACUGUGACUAGGACCCAUCUGCAGUCAGUCUUUUGACUGUUCAGAUUGGUGCAACUGUUAAGAAAUAAGGACCUUGAACUGGUUUUGUAAUCGGGGAAAGCUGAAGGAAGAAGUGGCCUUAUUUCAUCAGACGCAAUGGCUUCAAGUAUUGCUGCACCAAGUUCUUUGGAGCAGUGUGGCGGAUGGCACAGUGCCUAGCUCUAACCUG